UUCACUAGAAAUUUCCCAUGGUGCAGUAGUAUUUUCCCGCUUCGUGCCGUGUGCAAAACGUUAGUCACGUUUAGUCCAGGUUUGUCAUAGUUUGUGUGACAAAGAAGAAACACUGCAAGAAUUUUUAUGAGUCAGAAGCAGCCCAAGCCAACGCUCGGCGGUCAAAAGAUCCGGACCAGAAAACGGGAUGAAAAAAAGACAUUUGAGCCUACAGCCUUUCGGGACGAGAUUGUGCAAGGUCUUAAUGAACAGGGCAACGACCUGGAGGCCAUCUCCCGUUAUUUAGACAAGCAGGGCAGUCGCCUUGACUACCGGCGCUAUGCAGAGACCCUGCUCGAUAUCCUGAUUGCUGGGGGCAUGCUAGCUCCUGGCGGAUCGCUGAUUGAAGAUGCCGACAAGACAAAGCCAUGCCGCGUGGACGUGUGUGUGUUUACCACACCGGACGAUGUGGCCGCCAUGCGUACACAGGCCGAGGUUUUUAACAAGCUGAUCCGGCGCUACAAGUACCUGGAGAAGAGUUUUGAGGAUGAGAUGAAGAAGGUCCUAAUUUUCCUGAAAGGUUUCAGCGACGAGGAACGCGCUCGUCUGGCGACGUUCACGGCCGUGCUGCUCGCGAACCAGCAGGUCACGGCCAACAUUCUCCCCAGCCUGUUCCACGAGAACCUGGUCAAGGAAGGGAUCGGUCUUGACUUUGCUACCGCUGUGUUCAAGACGUGGCUGUCUGAGAAGGAUGUCAAUCAUCUGAUCUCCUGUCUGCGUCGCGCCAACAUUGAACAGCGACUGCCGGAGCUGUUCCCGGCUAACAAACGUUCUCAGGAGCACCUGGAGUCCCAUUUCCGUGCAGCUGGUCUCGGGCCAGUCGCUGAUUUCCAGAAGGGACAACAGAAUGUGGCGUACAAGAAGGAGCUGCAAAAGAAACUGGCCGACAUGAUUUCCUCUGAAGACGAUGUGAAGGAGAUUGUUGUCUACGUGAAGGAUUACAUGAAGAAGAACGAGCUGGCAGAGCAGGAGGUGGUGGUGCUGGUGUGGAACUCUGUCAUGAAGUCUGUGGAGUGGAACAAGAAGGAGGAUCUGGUGGCAGAACAGGCCAUCCGGCUCCUGAAGGCCUACGCCCCCCUGCUGGCAGCCUUCACCACCCAGGGGCGCUCGGAGCUGGACCUUCUGGUCAAGAUACAGAACUACUGCUACGACAACAUCCAGUUCAUGAAGGUGUUCAACAAAAUACUCGUCCUCUUUUACAAAGCGGAUGUUUUGAGUGAGGACGCCAUUCUGAAGUGGCACAAGGACGGCCACUCCUCCAAAGGCAGGUCUGUGUUCCUGGAGCAGACCAAGCAGUUAGUGGAGUGGCUCCAGAGCGCAGAGGAAGAAUCAGAGGAGGAAGACGAAGACUAAAGCCCACCUAGUGUAACCCAGCACACCUGUAGAACCUGGGUCCACCUGUUUUACCUGGGCACACCUGUCUGUCCACCUGGACACGCUUGUCUGUCCAGCUGUCUUGGUGCUCCAUGUGCAGUAGUGUGGGUGUACGGGGGGGAUUUUAAAGACUCAGUGGGUUAAGGGGGGUGUAAUAAUUUCAAUUUUGUUCACUUGUCCAUUGUCUUAAUUAAUGGUCUCCCCAGUAUUUGUGAAGACGUGGAAGACAUAUAAUAAAGAUAUGCACACUGCCUUA